AUGCUUGUGUGUUCGUCCAGUGUGGUUGGGUGGAAAGAAGCUUGGGCCAGUAGAGAGCUAUAUGAAACACCAUAUCCUGAUAUAUAUGUUCUUUUGAUUUCAGGCAAAAGCAAAGAAGCAGAGAUAAAGAGAAUAAACAAAGAAUUAGCAAACAUUCGCUCAAAAUUUAAAGGUGAUAAGGCUCUGGAUGGCUACAGUAAGAAAAAAUAUGUCUGCAAGCUACUUUUCAUCUUUCUCCUGGGGCAUGACAUUGACUUUGGUCACAUGGAAGCUGUAAACUUGCUCAGUUCUAACAGAUAUACAGAAAAGCAAAUUGGGUAUCUCUUCAUCUCUGUACUAGUGAACUCUAACAGUGAGCUGAUUCGCUUAAUAAACAACGCGAUCAAGAAUGAUCUGGCCAGCCGCAACCCCACCUUCAUGGGGCUAGCUCUGCAUUGUAUUGCUAAUGUGGGUAGCCGGGAGAUGGCGGAAGCAUUUGCUGGAGAAAUUCCAAAAAUACUUGUAGCUGGAGAUACUAUGGAUAGUGUGAAGCAGAGUGCUGCAUUAUGCUUGCUGCGUCUGUAUAGAACUUCUCCUGACCUCGUCCCUAUGGGAGACUGGACGUCCAGGGUGGUGCAUCUCCUCAAUGACCAGCACUUGGGUGUGGUUACUGCAGCUACAAGUCUGAUUACUACUCUGGCACAGAAGAACCCAGAAGAGUUCAAAACUUCAGUCUCCUUGGCAGUGUCUAGAUUAAGCAGAAUUGUAACCUCUGCAUCAACAGAUCUUCAGGACUAUACUUAUUAUUUUGUUCCAGCUCCUUGGUUGUCUGUGAAACUUCUGAGGCUGUUACAGUGCUAUCCACCUCCAGAAGACCCUGCGGUACGUGGUCGUCUCACAGAAUGCCUGGAAACUAUUCUUAACAAAGCUCAGGAGCCACCAAAAUCUAAGAAAGUACAACACUCAAAUGCAAAGAAUGCUGUGCUGUUUGAGGCAAUAAGCUUAAUUAUACAUCAUGACAGUGAGCCAAAUCUACUAGUCCGUGCCUGUAACCAGCUAGGUCAGUUCUUGCAGCACCGAGAAACUAAUUUGCGUUACCUAGCACUGGAAAGCAUGUGCACGCUUGCCAGCUCUGAAUUCUCACAUGAGGCUGUGAAAACACACAUAGAAACAGUUAUCAAUGCAUUGAAGACUGAAAGGGAUGUGAGUGUACGACAGAGAGCUGUAGAUCUCCUGUAUGCGAUGUGUGACCGAAGCAAUGCUCAACAGAUUGUGGCUGAAAUGCUGAAUUAUUUGGAGACUGCUGAUUAUUCCAUUAGAGAAGAAAUUGUUCUGAAAGUAGCAAUUCUAGCUGAGAAGUAUGCAGUGGAUUAUACCUGGUAUGUGGAUACAAUCUUGAAUCUGAUUCGCAUUGCUGGUGACUAUGUCAGUGAAGAAGUGUGGUACCGAGUUAUUCAGAUUGUCAUUAACAGGGAUGAUGUUCAAGGGUAUGCAGCAAAGACUGUUUUUGAGGCCCUUCAAGCUCCAGCAUGCCAUGAGAAUCUUGUAAAAGUAGGUGGCUACAUUUUGGGAGAAUUUGGAAAUCUGAUAGCAGGUGAUCCAAGGUCAAGUCCCCUCAUCCAGUUCAACUUGCUACACUCCAAGUUCCAUCUGUGUAGUGUUCCUACCCGAGCUCUGCUUCUGUCUACCUACAUCAAGUUUGUGAACCUGUUUCCAGAAAUCAAAACUACAAUUCAAGAUGUACUGCGCAGUGACAGUCAGCUAAAGAAUGCUGAUGUUGAGCUGCAGCAGAGAGCUGUUGAAUAUCUGAGGCUCAGUACCAUUGCCAGUACUGAUAUUUUGGCUACAGUGCUAGAAGAAAUGCCUCCCUUUCCAGAGAGGGAAUCUUCUAUUUUGGCUAAGCUCAAGAAGAAGAAAGGUCCUGGCACAGUUACUGACCUGGAAGAGAUCAAAAAGGAGAGGAGCUCUGAUAUGAAUGGAAGUGCUGAACCUGCCUCUGUCAAUGCCAGUGCUGUUUCUACUCCUUCUCCAUCUGCGGAUCUGCUGGGUCUGGGUGCAGCCCCUCUCGCCAAUUCAGCUCCCCCACCGGCCUCUAGCGGUAGCCUGCUCGUAGAUGUAUUUUCAGAUUCAGCUUCUGCAGUUGCACCUCUUGCUCCUGGUUCUGAUGACAACUUUGCGAGCCCUGACCUGGCUUCAUCUGAGGUAGUUUCUGAGGAACCAGCUGAUACUGUGCAUGAUGCUGAUGAGCUUUUUCACAAGUUUGUGUGUAAAAAUAAUGGAGUCCUAUUUGAAAAUCAGUUGCUCCAAAUUGGACUGAAAUCUGAGUUUCGACAGAACCUGGGACGUAUGUUCAUAUUCUAUGGCAAUAAGACAUCAACACAGUUCCUGAAUUUUACUCCAACAGUAAUCUGCUCAGAUGACCUUCAGUCAAAUAUCCUUAAAUGCAACAGCAUGCAUCUGUUCUUUUGUUUUGUACUGCAUAAAGCACAAAAGUGUAAUAAAGCUACCUGAUCGAGGCUUGUUGUCCUCAAACAUGAAGAAAUGAGCAGUUUGUUGAAUAACUUAGAAAUUUUUGUAGAAAAAAACCCUAAGUAUUUAGCAGAAAUAGAUUCUCUCUUAAAGCUGUCCCUGUAACCACAGUUUUAAACUGUUGAAUCCAGAAUAUAUUAUUCUGGAUAAAUGUAACCUAACUCUGUAGCUUUGUCCACUGACAUGAAGUAGUAGAGGCAUAGGUAUGAUGUCCUUCCAGUCCUGCAUUAGCAGAUGACUUUUGAUUUGAAAGAGAGGUAGAGGAAUAUGUAUGCACAAGCAUGCUAGUACCUUAAAAUAAGGUCUUAAUUUCUGGUUAUCGUUUGCACUUAACUCUUGAUAUUGACAAUUUGGGAUUUCUGGGAGAGCAUGUAGUCUAGCUUGUUUGACUCAAAGCAUCACUGUAAUGUUUGGGCCAAAACAAGAGUGCUGGGGCUUUUAUUUUAAAGUCAGGGCCUUCAUACCUUUUUUUUUUUUGGAUAUUCCUAUAACUGCAAACUUGGGAGCUAUUGCUUCUUGAUGUGUCAACAGGAAAAGAAUAAAUUUUACUGUAUAAGAAUUGAGCUUUGGAUUUUCAGUAGCAGAGAACCAGCAGAUGCAAUGUUAAGUGAUUUUUACUGGCAAACUACUUAAAAGCAAUGUUUCUAAGCUAUCAGCUCAUUGAUUGGUUUCCUUAACCACAUCUCAUGCCUGAAUCUUCAGACAAAACCUGUUGACCCUACAGUGGAUGGAGGUGCACAGGUGCAGCAGGUUGUGAACAUUGAGUGUGUGUCCGACUUUAUGGAAGCACCAAUCCUGAACAUUCAGUUCAGGUAUGGUGGAACAUUUCAAAAUCUUUCAGUGAAGUUACCCAUCACACUGAAUAAGUUUUUUCAGCCUACAGAGAUGUCUUCUCAAGACUUUUUCCAGCGUUGGAAGCAACUGAGCAAUCCUAAACAAGAAGUACAGAAUAUCUUUAAAGCAAAGCACCCAAUGGAUGCAGAGAUCACAAAAGCAAAGAUAAUUGGCUUUGGAUCUGCCCUGCUUGAGGAGGUAGAUCCCAACCCUGCUAACUUUGUUGGUGCUGGUAUUAUACAUACAAAAACUACACAGAUUGGAUGCUUGCUGCGCCUUGAACCCAACCUGCAGGCACAGAUGUAUAGGCUCACACUACGAACAAGUAAAGAAGCUGUAUCUCAGAGAUUAUGUGAAUUGCUGUCAGAACAAUUUUAAUUUUAACCAUGUCAUUGUUUUGUUUUUCCAUUUAUAUCAUUGUUAUCAUACUGCAAAUAAAUGUCUUGUACAUCACUGUCUGAGUACUGCAAUGUUAACCAAUACAAGCUCCCGCCAUAAUAGGACUUGUCCCUUGUUUGAAAUUAAGACUAUAAAAUGUACAGUAUGGGGAAGUGGCUUUUUAUAUUAAAAAUGGCUUUUGUGUGUGUGCAAAGGGUGGGAGAGCUGUCUUAUGCUCCAUUUUGCAGAGGUCAGGCUUUUAAAUUUAUUAAAGGGAAACUAAUUAGAUGUGAUAAGUGCGGAUUUCAACUGGAAGCGGCCAUAACAUUCUGCCAGCGCCUUUAAUAGGCGCACUCCCUCUGCUCUGAGCUAAAAGAAACCAAUGUAAUACUGCUCAGUUAGACUAAUUCAGAUAUUAAUGCAAAGCCAAAAUGACUGAGAGCAAUGAAAUCAAGAGUCAGCUUCUUGUUGCAUGGCUUCUGUUCUAAAUGAAUUUGUAAAUGUCUUGAAACUUUUGCCACAAGUUUUGGAUUGGAUGAAUUGGCAGAUUACAAGAUGUAUUUGAAUUUGGUUUAAGUGUACACUUAUGCUGAAUGUCACUGAUUUUUGUUACAUUUGCAAAAUACCACAGGACCAAACUCUUAAUCUUGUAAUCCUUUACCAUUUUCUUUUCCUACUUUUUGAAAAGUGGAUGCAACACAAAGGCUGUUCUUAAUCCUUCUGCUCAUCUCAAGUAAUGAGGUGAGCUUCUGUGGCGGGCGGUGAACCAGUACUUACACUUGUUUGUUAUUAGUCAAACAGAGGUUUUAAAAAGUCUGUUCUGUGGUUUGUUUCCCAUCAGAUUUAGUGAAUAGCAGCCCUGAUGAUGUGAUACAACUAAAUGCGGAGAGAAUGGGUUCUGAUCACUGUGGUAUUGUAAAAAUGAAAAAUAGAAGAGGGAAGAAACAGGCACUUGAAGGCUGUAAGGCAUGCACUUUUUUGCAGACACAAAUCUAAUUUUAAACAGUAUUCCCCCCCAGUGUACAGUCAUGACAGAACUUAAGUGGUGGAAUAGUUGAUACCUGAACAGUUUCUCUUCUGUCAGUGGUGAUGAAAAUAUCCAAUGUGGUGUAGGAGCUUUGUGUUGUUUUUUUUUUUUUUUAGAUUGAGAGUAGAAAGGCUGAAAAUGUUCAGUUUUUACAACCAAUGCCUUUCUAGCUUGUUCCACAUCAGCCAGCAAACUCUUUACAGAUUCUCUGCAGAAAUAAUUGGACAUAACUUUGGCUUACAUCCUUCAAGCCUUCAGAUGCUACUAAAGCAAGGUAGGUGAGGCAAUGCAGUUAGGAACUGUGGGCAGUUAUUGGCAAGGUAGUGCUGGUCAGGGUGAACCAAGAAGUCAGCUGCUGCUUGUGUUAAAAGUGAAUCUCAUAUCAGGACUCCCUGAAGGUUAUUUAAAGGAAGCCUGUGACUGCCUUUCAAUACAUACAACCCAAGUUUGCUCACGCAACUUAGAUACCAAGUAAUAGUAGUGAAGUUGAAACUGCACAUUUAAAUGAGGCUCCUGUCCCCAGGAUGCACUGGGCAGCAUGACAGGAGUCUACAUAGCUGGAUGUGCCUUGCUCCCCUCACCCUGCGCUUCGAGUUAAGUGAUAGAACUGUAUGAUUCUCAUUUGGUUCAGUUUAGGGCCAGUGAUGAUACUUGAAAGCCAGUGAAAAGUGAGGAACAAAGCUUUUUGCUCCAGCAGUGGUCAGAAACUAUGGAUAUUUUAACUGAAAGCUUGUCUAUAGACCAGGGAUUUCUGGAAGGUUGGUUUUUUUUUUUUUCUUGAGCAGUUGGGCCUUUGGUAGUCUUUCAAGUAGCUAAUCAAAGCUCACAUCACAGAAAUUGUCUUUGAAAAUCUUCAUAAGGAGAUCCUGAAGUCAGGUUGGGCAGUUUAAAAAAAAAAAACAAAACACCAUACUACUGAACCUCCUUGUGUAUUUUGUCUUUUGGACUUGAUAGGUCCCUUUAGUGCCAUGGUGUUGUCCCUGUGCUAUUGGCUGCUGCGUUAAAAAUCUGAUGUGCUGAACUAAGCUCUGCUAAAGGGAAUUUUAGCAGGGACAGGAGAAGAGCUGCUAUUUCAUCUUUUUUCAAAUCAUGUUGUACAUCCGUCCCUCUAAAAACAUUUUGUGCCCUCAUUAAAGGACAUCUUGAGACACACUGUACUACUUUAUUUCACUUAGCUUUGGUUCAAGCUGUGCUAAAAUGUGCAUUAAACAUCAAGGAGGGGGGUAAGGGGAAGUGUCUUUUGCAUAGUGGCUGUAUUAAGCUUAUGACUGUUCACAUUUUGUGUUAGAUGAUGUCAGCUCAGUGAAGCCAUGGGCAGAACAGUGAACAAACUAAGGACAAAUACUUGAUGGCUUUUGCUUUUUGGGUUUUUUGGAUUUUUUUGUGAAUGAUGGUUGAUUUACCAAAGUGAUGUAUCCUUUCAAGCAGACAAAGUAACUUUCUGCAGUAAACAGUGUUAUUGUUUUAAAGUACAGUAUUUUCAGGCGUUGACAUGUGAAAAUAAUUGAAUAGCAAGACAGAUAGCAUAUGUGCAUUCUUGACCUACACUCCAGUAUGUAACAUUUAUGGUGAUUGUCUUAUUUGUAUAAAACAAAGUUCUGUCAAAUUAAGUGGAGAAUUUUCAUAUAGAAGACUAUAUAUUAGACAAUAUAUUCAUCAGAAGAACAUGUGAAGAUUAAAUAAAUGAUUAGAACAGUAA